AUGGCACAGCCCUCAACCAGUAUCAACGUCAACGAUCCUGGGCUAAUCACACUAGUCAAUAAGUUGCAAGAUGUAUUUGCAACUGUAGGAGUCCAAAAUCCCAUCGACUUGCCUCAGAUCGUAGUUGUUGGCUCCCAGUCGAGCGGUAAGAGUUCGGUGCUAGAAAAUAUCGUCGGGAGAGACUUUCUUCCCCGAGGUACCGGUAUCGUUACAAGAAGGCCGUUGGUAUUGCAACUUAUCAACCGCCCCGGUACUACUAACAGAACAAAUGGCGCAAACAAGGAGGAGGACGAGAUGAAGCAAUCAGAUGUGGGGGCAAACCUCGACGAGUGGGGAGAGUUUCUUCACAUUCCAGGCCAGAAGUUCUACGACUUCAACAAGAUUCGAGACGAGAUCGUACGGGAAACCGAUGCGAAAACAGGAAAGAAUCAGGGAAUCUCACCUCAGCCUAUCGGUCUCCGGAUCUACUCUCCUAAUGUCUUGACUUUGACCCUGGUCGAUCUUCCAGGGCUGACAAAGGUGCCUGUGGGUGAUCAACCGAAGGACAUUGAAAGACAGAUCAAGGACAUGGUUCUCAAGCAGAUUUCCAAGACAAACUCAAUUAUCUUGGCAGUCACUGCUGGUAACACCGAUUUGGCGAACUCCGACGGUCUGAAGCUUGCAAGGGAGGUUGAUCCCGAAGGUCAACGGACUAUUGGUGUUCUUACGAAGAUUGAUUUGAUGGACGAGGGCACCAACGUUGUUGAUAUUCUUGCUGGGAGAGUUAUUCCUUUGCGACUAGGAUAUGUGCCAGUUGUCAACCGUGGCCAGCGUGAUAUUGAUAACAGAAAGCUCAUUUCUUCGGCCUUGGAACAUGAGAAGGCGUUUUUCGAGAAUCAUAGCGCGUAUAGGAACAAGCAUGCCUAUUGCGGAACGCCUUAUCUUGCCAGGAAGCUCAAUAUGAUUUUGAUGAUGCACAUCAAGCAGACUCUUCCAGAUAUCAAAUCUCGCAUUUCGUCUUCCCUCCAGAAAUAUUCAGCUGAACUCGCAACACUUGGAGAUUCACUCCUUGGUAAUAGUGCCAACAUCAUUCUUAAUAUCAUUACAGAGUUUUGUAACGAAUAUCGGACUGUGCUUGAUGGCAAUAACCAAGAGCUCUCUAGUAUUGAGCUUUCUGGCGGGGCGCGUAUUAGUUUUGUUUUCCAUGAGUUGUACGCAAAUGGUGUAAAGGCUGUAGAUCCAUUCGACCAAGUCAAGGAUAUCGACAUAAGAACUAUUCUUUACAAUUCAUCUGGAUCCUCGCCGGCAUUGUUUGUAGGAACUACUGCCUUCGAACUUAUCGUAAAACAGCAGAUCAAACGGCUAGAGGACCCUAGUUUGAAGUGCGUCAGUCUUGUAUAUGACGAGUUGGUCAGGAUAUUGACGCAGCUUCUUCAAAAGCAGCUUUUCCGGAGAUACCCAGGCCUUAAAGAGAAAUUCCACCAGGUCGUUAUUGCCUUUUUCAAGAAAGCAAUGGGGCCAACCAACAAACUGGUCCAGGAUAUGGUUUCUAUGGAGUCUUGCUACAUCAAUACCGGACAUCCCGACUUUCUUAAUGGACACAGGGCUAUGGCUAUUGUAAACGAAAGACAUAAUUCUUCCAAGCCUGUACAAGUCGAUCCAAAGACCGGGAAACCACUCCCAGGAGGCGGCAGGGAUUCGCCAAACCCACAAAGUCUGGACUCAGGCCCUGAUAACGGCGGUUUCUUUGGAAGUUUCUUUGCAAGCAAAAACAAGAAGAAGAUGGCCGCAAUGGAGCCCCCACCAGCUACAUUGAAGGCAUCUGGAACCUUGUCUGAAAGAGAAGGGAUUGAGGUUGAGGUCAUCAAGCUUUUGAUCAACUCUUACUACAAUAUCGUUAGAAGGACUAUGAUUGACAUGGUACCCAAAGCUAUUAUGCUGAACUUGGUCCAAUUGACGAAAGAUGAGAUGCAACGUGAACUUUUAGAGAAUCUUUACAAGUCAGAUGAACUAGACAACUUGCUUAAGGAGAGCGACUACACCAUUCGAAGAAGGAAGGAGUGCCAACAGAUGGUUGAGUCGCUGACCAGAGCAUCUGAGAUCGUUAAUACUGUUGGUUAA